GGCCUCCGCCUCCUCGACGUCCUGGUGAGCCGCGAGCGGGGCCUCCGCCGCGAGACCAAGCUCCUGGGCGCCCUCCUCUUCGUCAAGGGCCCCGCGUGGAGGUCGCUCUUCGGGAAGGAGGCCGACAAGUUGGAGCAGGCCAACGACGACGACCGGACCUUCUACAUCAUCGAGCGGGAGCCCCUGGUCAACGCGUUCAUCUCGGUGCCGCGCGACCACAGCAGCCUCAACUGCGCCGCCUUCACCGCGGGCCUCGUGGAGGCCCUGCUGGCCGCCGCCGGCUUCCCGGCCAAGGUCACCGCCCACUGGCACAAGGGCACCACCCUCAUGAUCAAGUUCGACGAGGCCGUGGUGGCCCGCGAGCGCGGCCUCGAGGGGCGCUGA